AUGCUUCUUCUUCACUUCACAAUUCUCUUUCUUUUUCUUCUUUUUCACUUUAACCUUCUACUUCUUUUUCUUCUUCUUCUUCUUCUUCUUCUUCUUCUCCACUUAACAACUCUUUUUCCUUUUGCCCUUCUACGUUUUCGCUAUAUCUCCUCUACUUCCACCUCAUCCUCUAAAUCCAUCUACUUUUCUCUUCUUUUUUUAACCUCAACUCUUCUACUUUCUUUCUACUCUUUUUCUUCUUCUUCUUCUUUUCCUUCUUCUUCUACUUCUUCUUCUUCUGUUGCUAUUGUUGCUGUUGAAAAUUUUGUUCUUUAUUAUUUUUCUGUUCUACUCCUACUGCCACUUCUUCUUCAUUUCACCCUCGUCACUUUUCUUCUUUCACUUCGUCUUUUUAACCUUACCUCUACUUCUUUCUCCACAUCCCCAUACCCCAUCUAUUCUUCUUCUUCUUCUUCUUCUUCUUCUUCUUCUUCUUCUUCUUCUUCUUCUUCUUCUUCCACCCCAUUCUCCUACUCCAUCUAUCUUUCUCUUUUUCUCUUCCUCUUUUCUUAUUUAACAUCAAAUCUUCCUUUUCUUCUUCUUCUUCUUCUUCUUCUUCACUUCACUCUCAACACUUCCCUGAUGGGGGUGACAGAGAUAGCUGGGAAUUAA